AUGUUGGAAAGUACUUCAAAUGCCACUCCUAUGACCCUUAAAGAGAAGCCUACAUCUGUUGAUGGUGAUCAAGUGGACCCUUUUGUUUUUCGAAGUAUUGUUGGGGCUUUGCAAUACCUUACAUUCACAAGACCUGAUAUAAUUUAUACAGUUAAUCGGGUAUGCCAAAAUUUUAGCAAUCCUACUCUCGUACAUCUAAAGGCAGCCAAACGAAUUUUGCGAUAUCUCAAGGGUACUCAAAAUUUGGGUUUAAGAUAUCUCUGUCAAAGUCCCAUAUCACUAUAUGGUUCAGUGAUGCCGAUUGGGCUGGCUGUCCUACUAUACCAUGAAGCACUACUGGUUAUUGUGUUUAUCUUGGAGCUAAUUGCAUUUCAUGGAGCUCUAAGAAACAAUCGACUAUUUCUUGAUCAAGCUCUGAAGCUGAAUACCGUUCCAUGGCAUCCACAACAGCUGAAAUUACAUGGUUAA